AUGUGGCGUGCUAGCACCAGUGGUGCGCGUGACGAUGGCACCGGUUGCUUUGCGGAUCUGUGUCGAUGCAUCUACACAAGCUGCUGGACCCUCUCUGCUGUCGAUGGAUACGGCUUGUGCCAGCUAGACGCUUCUUCGGAAGUGGCCAUGCCGUUGGGACGCUGGCUUUCCAGUGAUGCGCUGCGUUCCAGCUCGUCUAAGACUCCUCGGCCACAACGACUGGCCUCCGAUUCGCCCUCCGAUGUGCUGUGGGAGCAGCUCGAAGCACGACGCCCCGCACCGUUGCGGUUUGUGCUGCACCACUCGCGGCGGCCGAACGGCUCGUUGUGCCCCUGUCUCGAGGUGAAUCUCUCCUCUUCUUCGCCUUCCACCCCGUACUACACCGUGACCCGCAUCUUGGAUCCCGAGCACCGCGUGCCCUACAUCACGCUUUGCCCAAUCCUGGCCGCCGCGGGGUUGACGAUUCUGCAGGGUCUGCUACGCUUCGAUCUCACGCCCCCUGCAUACGAUGUAUCGCUGGCCGGCCUCGAGCCGUGGGACGAUCUUUGGAUCUCGCUGCCUCUAACUAGAUCCAUCGCAGCAGAACUCGGCCUGCUGCACAAUCUGGCGGCGAUUCUCGACCCGACCACGAGCCUGGCGUGGAGUCUGGACGAGUUCGCCGAGGGGCUCUUGCACAACUGGCGUGUACCGCAGGCAGUCGUUGAUGCGGCUUCCUACUCGACGGACGCCAUCACACGCCCCGAUGUCGGCUUUGGCAACGUCCUGAUGCUUCCCAAAGGCCAGCAGAUCAAGACGCUUGUCUCUGCGGACUUGCGGGCGACCAUCGUCGGAAAAGCGGAAGCGCGCCGGAAGCAGCCGCAGUUUCAGCUGCAGCAGAAGCUCGUCCAGUGGUCAACUCAACUUCACUCCAUCUGGCUCGAUUUUUCGAAUCUUGCAGAUCAGUAUGAUGGAGACAGUGGCGAACAUAGGGCUCCGUUGCUGUGCGAAUUGCAGCAGGAAGUGGCUCCACCCACCUCGACCGACAUGCUCGAGUGGACUCAGCUCGUCUCUGCGAGGAUGACUGGGCUGGCAAGCAUUGCGCAGCCAGACGAUGCAGAGGGACUGUUGGAGCCGCUCUCGCUCGCAAAUGUCGCGGCACUCAGACCUGGCAACCCUCCGCUUGGCUUCGGUAUGGCUGCAACCCACGAAGGCGCGGACGAGGAAGUGGCGUUGCGGCAUCUGCAAGCUGUGCUAAGGGGCAAACUGGCGCUGCUGCAACAGAUGAGCCUUCUCACGCUCGGACCUUUUGCAUGCGCUCCAGACCUUGAUCCCGCCCAGGACACUGUGGAAAGGGGCGAGCCUAGCUUAGUCUCUCCAGAACGAGAGCGAGCAAAUCAACAUCAAUCGCAGCCAGUAGCAGCCCAGCUCACUGAGCUGGCUAAUGCGAGCGAUAUCGCUGCGCUGAACGCCAAAGUCGACGGGUUGGCCGCUAAGCUUGAGCGCUGGUUUGAGACCCCCCACAGGACCGGGGUCGCCAACGCUGCCACAACGGGAGCCAACCUGAACCGGGAAGCCGACUCAGGAAACACUCAGGACACCUCACGCCCGGCACUCAGCCUAUGGUCGACGCUCGAAAUGCUGCCCUGGCCACUGCUUGUGCUGCCGCUUUCGGUCAUCUUGGUCCUGAGCACGAUUAAAGCGAUGUUCGUGUAG